AUAAACCUUUUUUUGUCUGCUAAAUCAAUGAUGUAAAUAAUAAUAAAUUUUAAAUUGGAGCCAAUCAUUAUUGUCAACUUGCCAAUUAUUCACAUAAUCAAAAUUCUUUAUAUAAGUUUCUACCAAAUAACGUAUUUCGUUAAAUCAAUAUAAAAAUUUAUAGAAUAUAAAAAUAUUUUAAUGAGAGUGCAAAGAAUUUUAUAACCUCAAUUAUGCUCUCUGAGGUUGAUGUUUUUGUUAGUAAUUACACCCUAAUUGAUCCAGAAGUUUAUCAACUCUGGGUCGAUGGUUAUCCAUCCAGCGAUGCCGUUAACAUUUUACAACAGCGAGGAGUAUGUCAACAAACAAAUGCUCCAAUUGAACUACUUGCUUCAGACGUGUUAGAUCAUUAUCGCACUUAUUCACUUUUAGAAAGAUUACUUCAAGCACCUACAAAACUAGCAAGUGAACAACUUGCUUUUCAAAUUGAACCUCAAACUAGUCAAAUGCUUGUUGAAAUGUAUUAUGAAUUUAACGACAGUGUUAUAAGAGAACUUUUAGGAAAGAAAUUAACGUCUAAAAGUAGAAAAGAAAUGGAUGAAGUUGCCGAAAAAACGGGAAUUUCGCUAAAAAGUUGUCGUAGACAGUACGAUAAUGUAAAACGUGUCUUUAAAGCAGUUGAAGAUAUGUCAGGAUCUCUAGUUGCAAAUAUUAAACAACAUUUUCUACUUCCUGAUGAGCUUGCAAAACGAUAUGCAGUUGUGGUCUUUAUCGCGUGUCUUCGAUUUGAAAUGAAUAAACGUAAACUUCAAUUUCUCACAUUUGCCGAUAUUUAUCAUUGUGCCUACAGUAUGAUGUCUUCGUGGACCUAUCGAUUUACUGGUUCGGAAUAUUUCGAUACUGAUUUAGACAGAGAAUUUCUUUUGGAAUUGCCCGAAUGUCGAGUAUUGUUAGAAAAUGAAAAACACCAUAAACAUUUAGUGUGUAUCAAAUUAAAGCCAAUUCUCCUGGAACGUUCUUAUCAAGAAUUAGAGACAAAUUUUCGUUCCUAUUCGAGAGCAAUUCUUGGCAUUGGAUGUAAUUUACAUCGAUCAAGAGAAUUACGAUUUUUCUUUUUGGAAUUAAUUGAACGAUGCGUAGAGCCAUGGCGACAAGUUAAUUGGACACAUUCAGAUCUAAGGAAUUUUUUAUCAGCUUACACGCAAUGUGCACUUGACAUGGAUGUUUUGAGAGAGAGUGAACUUCGAGAUGCAUUCGAUCGUUUUAUGAAAGUCGUCAGUUGUUGUUUAUUACGGAUGUAUCAUGCCUGACUAUCGUUAUCUGAAGAAAUGCAGAAUGAAUUAAAAUAACAUUGGACAACAAUUUUUGUCAUAUGUUACAAUUUUAUUAAUUUUCUGUAAUAAUAAAUAAUUUACGAACAAAUGCAAACACAAAAUAAGUGUCGCAUUACAAUGCCAAUUCUUCAUAAAACUGAUUCUUUGACACAGUCAAAUGAAAUGUCUAGUCGUUUUCUUCCUUAAUAAUUGAAAAAUGUUCAACUUGAGAUUUUCUUUUGGCAAGAAUUUUCCUAAUCGAGAGAUAGAGAGAGAGAGUGAGACAAUGUAAAAUUGAAAUAAAUAACUUAUUACAAUUUA